GGAGGGAGUCUCAGGUCUUGCAGCACCUUUUGUUAGCGAACCCCCCAACUUCCGAUCUAUUCUGGGGUUGUUCCUGAGGCCGCCCUUUUCGGGGUGCGGGCAAUUCCUGAGUCUGAGGACUGCGGGGUGCUGCCCGUGACCCGCACUUGCCUCCGACUUUGUAGCUCACCAGUCCUAUGCACCCCCGCACCCCUCCAGCUCCUGUGCCCCGGGUCCCCGUCUGUUCCCAGACUCCUGGGUAGCUUGAGGACACCGGGGCUGGGCAGGUGCCGGGAGCCCGCCGCCUCCCUCCCUCCUUCCCCGUCUCGCCGCCGGCCUUUCCCUGGCAGGCUGAGCCGCUCGGCUGCCAGAGGCGCGGGGCCUCCGGGACACUACGUGCCGUCCUCUGCUCCGCUUGUGCCUUUACUUUCUGCUCCAAUUGCUUUCCCAACCGAGCGGAAACGGCGGGGGCACGUCGGCAGGGUCCUGCGAAGCGGGGCGGCUCGGCACUGCCGCCUGAAGUCUGCCGGUGCACCCUCCCGCCCACGGGCAGGCCAGUCCCUCUGGUUGGGUUCCUGACCCUGCGGGCCCCAGGCAGGCAGGACACUGGGUUCCCCAGGAGCUGCCUCAAGCUUAAUGAUUGUCAGAAGGUGGCUAUAAAGGGAGCCUGGGAACCCGGGUGGAGGAGGGAGCGGAAAAGACCCAACUCAGCAGAUCUGGGUGCCGUGAGAGGCUGCAAGCAGCGGCUGUGGUCAGAGGCUCCGUCUCCUGGCCUGUAGGGCCUGCUCUCUUCCACCAUGGUGGCCCAGGGCUACGGCUAUUAUCGCACUGUGAUAUUCUUGGCCAUGUUUGGGGGCUACAGCCUGUACUACUUCAACCGCAAGACCUUCUCCUUUGUCAUGCCUUCAUUGGUGGAAGAGAUUCCUCUGGACAAGGAUGACUUGGGGCUCAUCACCAGCAGCCAGUCGGCAGCCUAUGCCAUCAGCAAGUUUGUAAGUGGGGUGCUGUCUGACCAGAUGAGUGCUCGCUGGCUCUUCUCUUCGGGGUUGCUCCUGGUUGGCCUGGUCAACAUAGUCUUUUCCUGGAGCUCCACAGUUACUGUCUUCGCUGCUCUCUGGUUCCUCAAUGGCCUGGCACAGGGGCUGGGCUGGCCACCGUGUGGAAAGGUCCUGCGGAAGUGGUUUGAGCCAUCCCAGUUUGGCACUUGGUGGGCCAUCCUGUCAACCAGCAUGAACCUGGCUGGAGGGCUGGGCCCCAUCUUGGCAACCGUCCUCGCUCAGAGCUAUAGCUGGCGCAGCACCCUGGCCCUGUCUGGGGCACUGUGUGUGGCUGUCUCCUUCCUCUGCCUCCUGCUCAUCCACAAUGAACCUGCUGAUGUUGGACUCCGCAACCUGGAUCCCACCCCUUCCAAGGGCAAGAAGGGCUCCUUGAAGGAGGACAGUACCUUACAGGACCUGCUGCUGUCUCCCUACCUGUGGGUGCUCUCCACUGGCUACCUCGUGGUGUUUGGAGUGAAGACCUGCUGUACUGACUGGGGCCAGUUCUUCCUUAUCCAGGAGAGAGGCCAGUCAGCCCUCGUGGGUAGCUCCUACAUGAGUGCCCUGGAGGUUGGGGGCCUGGUAGGCAGCAUCGCAGCUGGCUACCUGUCAGACCGGGCCAUGGCAAAGGCAGGGCCAUCUAUCCAUGGGAGCCCUCGCCAUGGGCUGCUGCUGCUCAUGAUGGCUGGCAUGACCGUGUCCAUGUACCUCUUCCGGGUAACUGUGACCAGUGACUCCCCCAAGGAUGUUGCUUUCUGGACUCUGGCUCUGCACCCUCUUGCUGAGCUCACCGGCUUUACGGAGCAUGAGCUCUGGAUCCUGGUGUUGGGUGCUGUGUUUGGUUUCUCCUCUUAUGGCCCCAUUGCCUUGUUUGGAGUUAUAGCCAACGAGAGUGCUCCUCCCAACUUGUGUGGCACAUCCCAUGCCAUUGUGGGACUCAUGGCCAAUGUGGGUGGUUUCCUUGCUGGGUUGCCCUUCAGCACCAUUGCCAAGCACUACAGCUGGAGCACAGCCUUCUGGGUGGCUGAAGUGAUUUGUGCAGCCAGCACAGCUGCCUUCUUCCUCCUAAGAAACAUCCGCACCAAGAUGGGGCGACUGCCCAAGAAGGCUGAGUGAAGAGUACAGGCUCUGGAGUGUCUCCCACCUGUGGCCUUUCUCUGAAUGGGGUGGGGAGAAGAGGGGGAGGGGGGCUGCUCUGGCUAGCCUUGGACCUUUGACUUUCCUUUUCUGCCCCUUCUCCCUGGCCCAGGUGGCAGUAGAAGUUAUCAGUGGCUAAUGAGGGCCCAGCUCCCCAUCCUAUGCUCUAGCUCUAUUUAAAAGAUAACCUUUGUUACUGGACUAUAUUAGCUCCCGUUGCCUACAUCCAGACCAACGGGAAAUCCCUGUACUCAGGGAGUCUCUUAUACCCUUCCUCAUCUCCUGGGCUCUGCCCUGUCCCCAUCCCACCCCAUCCCCAUCACAGGGCAGCUGCUCCUGCAGCUGCAGGACACUAAUGGCCCGUGACUUCUGACCCAAGACCUCUUAGCAGUGGGUGACUGCUAUUGCCAAUACCUCAGACUCCAGGGGAAGAGAGUUGGCCAUUACUCCCACCAAUCCUGGGCACAGUGGGGGGUAUGGGAGGGAGGGUAGGAA